UUGCCAGUUGGCGUUAUUCGUACUCACUGCGACUGGGGUGUUGGCCGCUGUGGAUGUGGAUAUGUACGGUACAGUGGGUACAGUAUGUGCUGUACGUCCGGGGCUAACUGCAUUGAGCGAGGCCGUUCUCGUGAUUUCGCUUUCAGUCGUAACAGCCAGGCUCCCGCAGCACACACACUCACAUGCAUAGGUGCAUCCUGAUCAACGUAAAUCCACAUUUGCCGCGUUGGCGAACUGUCAUUUGCUUAAAUCUCCCUAUCGUCAUCCAGGGCGAAUCCCUGUAAGUGAGAGGCAUCUUCCUCUGCAACAUUUUUUCAAUUUCCGUCGUCGCACACAGUGGUUAUUAUCGUUCUUGGCUUCAGCUGGAAAGCCGAUCUCGCCAGCGACAGUCGGAUUGUGUUAUUAACUUCUCCAUUUGGAGCUGGAAGAUCAAGCGGAAGGAUUAAUCAUUAAGAGCCUGCGCGAAAAGGGACCUGGAUUUACAACGUUAACGGGAUAUUUAAUACUGCCUUUCCCACACAGCUCAUUGCAUCCCGGGAUCGGCACAGUUGCGCUGGCGGUAAUACAGCAGCAGCAUCGCGAUCUACAGCUCUCCGGCUUCCCUGCUCCCUUUCCAUUUGGCUGCCUGUACACACAUGUGCAUAUGCGGCUAAAUUUCGCUUUCACGUAAAUCCCUACCAUUGGUGUAACACUUUCGGUGCGUGGACUACGUUUAGAGGCAGUCAACGGCUUGAAGAUGAUGAACACGGGCAUGCUCAAUCCUCAGAAUAUGAUGAAUGCGGGGGGCGCCUACGGCGCCGGCAAGGCCGGAUCGGCGUUCGACGUUAUGACCUUUAUUCGCCGGCCCUCCGUCAUCCUGCGCAUAGUCUCCAUCCUCUUUGCCAUUAUCGUUUUUGCCUGCAUUUCGUCGGAAGGCUACAUGACGAUGGAAAAUAAGGAGGAGAAGUGCAUCAUUAACGAGAGCGGCGCAUGUGGGUGGACCGUCGGCAUAGGCGUGUUGGGAUUCCUGGGAGCUGUCGCUCUGCUAGUCCUGGAAGCUCGCUUUGAGCAGAUCAGCAGCAUCAAAAUCCGUCGACGUGCCGUAAUCGCCGAACUAGGGUUUACGGCUCUGUGGACGUUCUUAUGGUUCAUUACGUUCUGCUAUCUGGUGGAUCAGUGGUCGAAGACGGAGAGCGAGGAGAUUCCAGCUGGUUACGGAACGACCAAUGCUCAGGCUGCGGCGGCAUUUUCCUUUUUCAGCAUUUUCGUUUGGGGAGCGUUGGGUUAUCUCAGCUACCUGAAGUACAAACAGGGAGCAGCCAACGCCUUCGCGCCCAGUGGUUUCGAAGGGGACAUGGCGGGCGGGAUGCCCCGUGGGGGCUAUAGCAGCUACCCGGGUGCGCCGGACGAUCGCUACCAGGAGCCGCCCUUCUCCUCACCUGGUCAGAAAGACGCUCACGGCUUCCAGUCGCCGGCCUAUUAGAUCAUCGUCCCCCCGUACCGCGGUCACAAAUUUAACAAUCAAUAUGUUGUUCGUGAAAUUUGUGUCAAAAUCCAGGAAAAAAAUAUUUGAGUAUAGCCUGUGAUAGUAACUGAUCUUGAGUUUGAAGUACGUGUUGACUGUGUUGGCUGCUGCUUUGUCCCGUUGAAGGCAAAUUCCAGUUUGUGCUGUUGUUCGUAGUUGUGUUUUUGCGCUUUAUUAAUUUUAGCUCGCUAGUUUCUCUUGUGUGUUUAUUACAUAAUAAUUUUAUCCUUAUUUUGUUGGCAAUACAGAUAGUUUUAUGGCAUUAAAAGAAUAACCUUUCCCA